AUGUCUGUCCAAGUACAAAGUAAGAAGACAAGACCCAUUCAGUUGCACAGAUGCGUGAGACAGGGAGAUGUUAUCUACGCGAAACUGUUCUCAAACGCUCUGGAGGACGUCUUCAAGACACUUAAUUGGACCGGAUUGGUCAUCAACGUCAAUGGCGAAAAUCUCACACACCUUCGGUUUGCCGACGACAUCGUUAUAAUGGCAGAAUCGCUGCAGGAUUUGCAGAAAAUGCUGAACAGCCUUAAUGCUGCCUCAUUAUCGGUCGGUCUUCAGAUGAAUUUGGACAAGACUAAGGUCUUGUUCAAUGAGCUCGUCAUCUCGGAACCGAUCUCGAUUAAUGGCGAAAGGCUCGAAGUUGUCCGAGAAUAG